AUGUCUCGUCUCCUCUCGGCUGUCCCGAGCGAUCUGCGUCUGCGACACGGGCCUGUUGAGCGCGCGCCUCAAGAUGCGGACCCGGGAUUUCGCCGUCUCACAGUCGGUGACGAGAGCUUUGGCGCAGCGGUGGAGGCAUGCAGCGUGUGGAAUGCCGAGCUUUUCUCAGACAUGAGGUUGAUUCAAACAGGCCGUUGGUGCGUACGUGCGCCGUCUCGUCAAACACCCAUGGCGGCCGUGGCCUCGACUGGAUACGAUGCAGCCGUCAGUCAGGAUUCAUCAGGCGGUCCGCGAGUGUUUGCGGACCGGGAUAACCUAUGCACCACGUCUCCUGAGCCUUGGAGGAACGCGCCCGCCGCCCUGGCUAACUCUGCAUCCCGGCCAGGCUGCCCGCUGUGA